GAACGCCCAUAUUCGUGGACAGUCAUGUCGAGGGUGACCGCGUUGGAUCACACUUCCUGGAAGUGAGAGAAAGUGCUUAUCAGUUAUGGAUGCUUGGUGUAAGGUCACUCUCUGUCUGUUAUGGAUAAAUUCUGCCAUGGCGUCUCCUGUGAGACAUCCACGUCUCAGCUUGGCUGCACAGGCACCUAAUUAUUUCUAUAGAGGCAGUGAUGGUACAUACACAUUUGGAUACGAUGUUUUGGACCCAGAGUCUGGCAAUACCCAAUUCAGAACAGAAGAACGGUAUUCUAAUGGAACAGUGGUGGGAAGUUAUGGAUACAUCGAUGCUUUGGGGAAGUCUCGCCGUUAUGAUUAUAUUGCUGACGAAAAGGGUUAUAGAGUUGUAAGUGCAAAGUUGCAACAGGAGCCGUAUAUUGCUCCGCCUGUUAAUGUCAUUGAGGAACCUUCAACUGAAGCAACUGUAGCUUGGACUAGACCUCCAAAACGAAAAGGUGUAAAAAAAGUAUUUAAUCCAGCUAUCGAACGAAGAAUAUUUAAUUCUUAUCAACCGCUUACCCACUAUUUAUUAUACUAG